AUGAACGACAACGCGAUCGAUUACGUGCACUGGGAUGAUCUCAACGAGCUGGUGGACUGUCUACAAUUGCUCGACACUUCGCACCGAACAGGCAAUAAUGCUCAUGACAACGAGAUGUCGAUCAUCGAGGAACUUUGCGAAGCUGAUUAUUAUAAAUUAAAUCGCGUAUCCAUGAAACGAUUUAGUCGAGCUGAUAUCGUUGAGAUGCGCCCGUACUCGGGCUUCAACAGAGGCCACCACUACAUAUUCACCGUCAUCGAUGUGUUCAGCAAAUACGCGUGGGCCAUACCAUUCAAGAGCAAGAGUGGAAGCAAAACAGCUGACGCUAUCGCUGAGAUCGUUCGAAAGAGCAGAAAAUCAAUUAUAUUGGCAAUUAAGUGGGUCGACGAGCUGCCGCGUCUCGUGUCAGAUUACAUCGCGCGCAAGCAUCGGCAUGCGACCCGUCGACGUAACUCCCGCGAUCGCCAUAAGAUUCUUGGACACAGUGCGAUAAAGAUCGCGGGUUCUGCAAAAUUCAAAGUAGGCGAUUCGAUACGCGUGAGCAAGUACAAGACGAUUUUUGAGAAAUUUGGUUACGCCAAAUUGGACCACCGAGGAUUAUCGCGGAAAAUCGUCGCUGUAGCGUUCUACGAGUUGCAUCGUGCUACUCAUCCGGAUGUGUAUCUCAUGGAGAAAGUAUUGCGCAGGAAGGAAGACAAGGUGUACAUCAAGUGGCUGGAAUUCGAUGGAUCACACAAUUCAUGGAUACACAAAAACAAUGUUAUGUGA